UGCCCUUGAUUCUCCCAAAUGACUCUGAAAAGUACUGGUUAUGCAAAGACUGAUGAGGACAUUAUUAGAAGCCUCUAAUUCCUUCCCAAGAACUACAGUACUGAAAGAUCCUUGGGCGGGAACCCUGAGAUUAAACAGGUUUCAUUUAAAAGCAUAGUUUGAGAAUGUUGAGAGAGGGCCAACAUUGCUUCACUAGCCUCUCCCUAAUCUAUACCGUAUCUCAUCCUUUCAGGAGCAAUUGGUUCUCAUCGCUCAGAGGUGUCACAUUCCUCUAGAGAUCAUGAUAUCCUAAUUAGGGCACUCACUUGAUUCAAGAAAUGCUAGCUGAUUCAUCGUAGCUCUUUUAAUUGAUCAAAUCUGCACAUUCAUAAAACAACAGCCCUGGAGGAAAAAACUAUUUUGCUCUUCAUUUUUCAGUAAUGCACACACACGUUGCAGCAGGCAAAAGAGACCUACCCUGCUACGUAAGACAGAAAAGGAAAAUGCCUGUCCUGGGAUGGUUGCCUGCCAGCACACAUGCUGUUUGUAUGUCCUUGCCUUAAAAAAUGAUUUUUUUAAAAAAAAAGGAAAAAAGAAUCUUCUGCCUGUUUUGUUCACACUUGUUAUCGUACAAAAUAAUUUGCAAAUGGCUGAUCUGAUGUCUGUUUAAACGAUGUUGCUGUUACGAUUCUUCUGUGGCUGCCUCAAAUCGCCUCGCGUAGUCACUGAUGGAUGUGAGAGAGGGAGUUUUGGGGAGCAAGAAUGCAAGUUUGAAGCGAGUGUGAAGGUGGUACCAUGAGAGAGAAGAUGGCCACAGAGGAGGGGGCCGAGGCAGACCUGGGGGCUGUGACCCAAGCCCCACUGAGCCUGCAAGGCAUUAAAAUGGAAGAGCAAGCACCAUCAGCCCUCAGAACGGGACAAGCCCUAGAAAAAGCAGGACAGGCUUCUGGUGUCCUUCGUGCCAGGAAGCUCUUGCAAUGGAAGGUGUCUCCACUGGUCAAGGAGGAGUCAGAUGCAGAAAGGACCCAGCGCUGGGAAGUCCAGGGUCCAGAGACAGAACACCCCCUUUCCUUUGGAUGGGGGAGUGCAAGGCCCUCCGAGGCCGAACCUUGGGAUGACACCCUGGCGCUUUUCGCUUCCUUUGAGCACGUGGCCUACGCCUGCCGGUGGCCGAGGGAAGAGUUGGUGGCCCGGCUUUUGCCAGCCCUGGGCGGGGAGGCCCAAGAGGCUUACCUCAGUUUGGACACUAGCGACAGAAGGGACUAUGGGAAAGUGAAGGCAGCCAUUUUGAAGAGGGAACCCGUGGCGUUGGAGAAGCGGAGGAGGCACUUCCGGCAGUUCCAGUACCAGGAGUCAAGGGGGCCGAGGGAUGCUUGCCGGCGGCUCCGGGAGCUGUGCCGUCAUUGGCUGAGGCCGGAGAGACGAACCAAAGAGCAGAUCCUGGAGCUGCUUAUCCUGGAGCAAUUCCUGACCAUCUUGCCAGAGGAGGUCCAGAGCCAAGUUUGGGAGCAAGUCCCAGAAUCCUGUGCCCAGGCGGUGAACCUGGCUGAGAACUUUUUGGCAAGGCAGCAGGAGGCUGAGAGGCAGGUACUCCAGGUGUCAGGGCCGUUCGAGGACAUCCUCGUGAGUUCCGCAAGGGCAGAGCUGGCUCCGUCAGACACCAGGCAGAGCCUCCUCUGCAGGAAGGCCAAGCAGGCAGGUGGCGGUGGAGAUGCCAGCUCUCUGGGUUCUUCUGACACAGAGGCGACAUGGGACUCACUGGCAGACGAAGGGGGCCCUGGAGGAUGUGGGAAGCGAGACCCUUCUGCAGGGGCAGCUGGUAGCUGUGGAGCUGCAUCUGGAUUCUCUCCCCUCCCUGCACCGGCCAGAAAUGAAGAGUAUGGAGAGAGGCUUGCGGGAGCUGAGGGGCUCUCAGCACACCCGGGCGCCGCCGGCAGGGACAGCACGUAUCUGUGUUCCCAGUGCGGGAAAGGGUUUCGUUGGCCGUCGGCGCUGGCCGUCCACCAGAGGACCCACACGGGGGAGAAGCGGCACCGCUGCGCCGAGUGCGGGAAGCGCUUUGGCCAGCGCGGGCAUUUGACGGUGCACCGGAGGAUCCACUCGGGAGAGAAGCCGUACGGGUGUCCUCAGUGCGGGAAGCAGUUUGUCGACUCCUCUCACCUCACCAAGCACCAGAGGACACACUUGGGGGACAGGCCCCACCACUGCGCUGAGUGCGGGCGAAGCUGUGCCAAUAAACGCUCGCUGGUGCAGCACCAGCGAAUUCACAGCAGGGAGAAGUCCUAGGCCUGGGGAAGAGCCUAGGCCUCUCCUGAGAUUAAUGGACUCAGUUAUUUUGCUGUAAGGCGGAGAUUUGGCCCUCCAGGUAUCACUGGGUUGCAGCUGCUGCCAUCAUCGCUGGCUGUGAUGGAGGACCAAAGGUUCAGUUCCUCAUUCCUGGUGUAACUGAAGAGAAAGGAGUCCUUUUUCCACCCUGUGUCCCCCUGAAGGAAGAAACCAACAACUGCUCAUGAUUCUCCUUCCAUUUACCUCCAGAGCCCCAUUAACCCGUCUCCCUAGCCAAACAGAAGCAGCACCUGCUGCUCUUAUUCAAUUAGCCUCUUUGUCUUUGGUCCACCAUUUUGUCUCCAUUGCAGUGGUUUUAUGAGGUAGCAUAGGUAACGCUCCCCACCUCCGCCACUCCAUAAGGUAGCAUGAGGUACCAUCUCACCAACUCCUAUUUCCAUAAUAAUACAGUCUUAAAAAGGUAAAGGGACCCCUGACCAUUAGGUCCAGUCGUGACCGACUCUGGGGUUGCGCGCUCAUCUCGCAUUAUUGGCCGAGGGAGCCGGCGUACAGCUUCCAGGUCAUGUGGCCAGCAUGACAAAGCCGCUUCUGGCAAACCAGAGCAGCACAUGGAAACACCGUUUACCUUCCCGCUGUAGCGGUUCCUAUUUAUCUACUUGCAUUUUGACGUACAGUCAUACCUCAGUUUAAAUACGCUUCGGUUUGAGUACUUUCAGUUUUAAGUACUCCACGGACCGUCUGGAAUGGAUUAAUCCACUUUCCAUUACUUUCAAUGGGAAAGUUCGCUUCAGGUUAAGUACGCUUCAGGUUAAGUACGGACUUCCAGAACCAAUUACACUCAUACUUUGGGUUAAGUACGCUUCAGGUUGAGUACUCCGUGGACCCGUCUGGAACGGAUUAAUCCACUUUCCAUUACUUUCAAUGGGAAAGUUCGCUUCAGGUUAAGUUCGCUUCAGUUUAAGUACUCCACAGACAGUCUGGAACGGAUUAAUCCACUUUCCAUUACUUUCAAUGGGAAAGUUUGCUUCAGGUUAAGUACGCUUCAGGUUAAGUACAGACUGCUGGAACCAAUUAUGUACUUAAACCGAGGUACCACUGUAAUUCAUUUUUUUGGUACCCCUUCCAUCUUGACUGCGUUGCCCCAUCUUCUCUGGAUGCCUUCCUACAGAAUAUAUAAAAACACAACAGAACGCCACACAUUAAACGCUUCUGCAUACAGGGCUGCCUUCAGAUGUUUUUUAAAAGUCAGAUACUGUAGUUUUUUAUUUGCUUGAUAUGGGACGGAAUGGCGUUACAAAGGGUGGGUGCCACUGCCGAGAAGGCGCUUUGCCUGGUUCCCUGUAACCUCACUUCUCACAAUGAGAGAACUCCUAGGAGGCCCUCAGAGCUGGUCCUCAGUGUCUAGGCUGGGGAUGGGGAAGGAGACACACUUGUGUCAUAACACUUGCCCAACGGUGGUUAGUGUAACUGAGUGUGGACAACAAUGGGGCCUGACUGGGGUAGAAUUACUAAGUGGAGGGAGGGGGCAAGGCAGGUACCGGUACAGUUAAGAUGGAAAUAGGACUCUUACAGGGAAGAAAACAUGUCAAAACCUUUUCGCUGCAUCUGGGUUUUUUUUAUUAAUAAAAAAACAAGGUCAUGAGUACUGAAAAGGUUGGCUCAGUUAGAGGUAUAAAAUCUGCUAUUUACAGUUCUGCUCUGGGGUCUGUGUGUGCAGAGGGGCAGUAGCAGGACCUCAGUACACUGAGAUGAAAGAGAUGGGGACAUGACUCCUAUCUGGAAGACAGUGCAAAUAAAUAGUCCCUUGCCACUUGAAAGACUCACAGAUACAUCUGACCCACCCCUUAAAAAACACCCGUGCCACAGGCAACACAUUUGCCAGCUGUU